AUGAACCCCACGGAUACCGCAGACACCACCGUGGAUGAAAGCAUCUAUAACAAUUAUUAUCUCUAUGAAAAUAUCCCCAAGCCUUGCAACAAGGACGGCAUCAGGGCAUUUGGGGAGCUCUUCCUGCCCCCACUUUACUCCUUGGUCUUUCUCUUUGGUCUGCUUGGAAAUUCUGUGGUGGUCUUGGUCCUGUUCAAGUACAAGCGGCUCAAGUCCAUGACCGACGUGUACCUGCUCAACCUGGCUAUCUCAGACCUGCUCUUCGUGCUCUCACUCCCUUUCUGGGGCUACUAUGCGGCAGACCAGUGGGUGUUUGGCCUUGGCCUCUGCAAGCUGAUUUCUUGGAUAUACCUGGUGGGCUUCUACAGCGGCAUCUUCUUCAUCACACUCAUGAGCAUCGAUAGGUACCUGGCCAUCGUGCACGCCGUCUUCUCCCUGAGAGCCAGGACCUUGACUUACGGGGUCAUCACCAGUGUGGCCACGUGGUCAGUGGCUGUGCUCGCCUCCCUCCCAGGCCUCCUGUUCAGCACGUGCUACACUGAGCGCAACCACACCUACUGCAAAACCAAGUACUCUUUCAACUCCACGAGGUGGAAGGUCCUGAGCUCCCUGGAGAUCAACAUUCUGGGGCUGGUGAUCCCCCUGGGAAUCAUGCUCUUCUGCUACUCCACGAUCAUUAGGACCUUGCAGCACUGUAAGAACGAGAAGAAGAACAAGGCAGUGAAGAUGAUCUUUGCUGUGGUGGUCCUCUUCCUGGGGUUCUGGACCCCUUACAAUGUGGUGCUCUUCCUGGAGACCCUGGUGGAGCUGGAGGUCCUGCAGGACUGCACCUUUGAGCGACACCUGGACUAUGCCAUUCAGACCACAGAGACCCUGGCUUUUGUUCACUGCUGCCUCAAUCCUGUCAUCUACUUUUUCCUGGGGGAGAAAUUUCGCAAGUACAUCAUACAGCUCUUCAAAACCUGCCGGGGCACUCUGGUGCUCUGCCAAUACUGUCGACUGCUCCCAAUGUACACCGACACCCCCAGCUCAUCUUACACGCAGUCCACGGUGGACCAUGAUCUCCGCGACGCUCUGUAA